AUGGCCGCCAGGCGUAACAGGAUCGUUGGACCUAACAUGGGCGGCAGGCGUAACAGGAUCGUUGGACCUAACAUGGCCGCCAGGCGUAACUGGAUCGUUGGACCUAACAUGGCCGCCAGGCGUAACAGGAUCGUUGGACCUAACAUGGCCGCCAGGCGUAACUGGAUCGUUGGACCUAACAUGGCCGCCAGGCGUAACUGGACGGUUGGACCUAACAUGGGCGCCAGGCGUAACAGGAUCGUUGGACCUAACAUGGCCGCCAGGCGUAACAGGAUCGUUGGACCUAACAUGGGCGGCAGGGGUAACAGGAUCGUUGGACCUAACGUGGCCACAAUGUUGUAA